UGAGGGUUGGAUCAUAACAAACAGAGUGAAGAUGGCGGAGGUAGCUGGAGGGGUUGUGUACAGAGCUCCUGCCCUUAGUCUUCUGCUAUAUGUGGGCAUCGCGUUAUGUUUCUUCUCCCCUUUGUCACUGGCUUCCGAUGCCUUCGAGGCGGUUUUGGGUGACACUGCGUCGUGUCAAAAAAGCUGCGAGAUGACUUACAGCUUGCACACUUACCCGAAGGAGGAGGAACUCUAUGCUUGCCAGAGAGGAUGCAGACUCUUCUCUAUUUGUCAAUUUGUUGAUGAAGGCACAGACUUAAACAAGACCAAAAACGAAUGUGAAUCAGCUUGUGCAGAAGCAUAUAAACAACAAGAUGAGCAAUUUGCUUGCAACCUGGGAUGUGAAAACCAGCUGCCAUUUGCUGAGCAGAGACAAAAACAGCUCAUGUCCAUGGUUCCAAAAAUCCACUUCGUUUACCCCAUCAGCAUAAUGUCUGCUUUCUACAGUGAUUUGAUGAAUUCAGCUCAGAGCUUCUUCACUUCAUGGACCUUCUAUUUGCAAACCGAUGAUGGCAAAGUAGUUGUAUUCCAGUCUGAACCAGAUGUACAGUUUAUGGUCCCACAAUUUGAACUGCAAACAGAAAAUUCAAAAGAAACUUCUCAGGCACUGUCAGAUCACAUAGCCAAGGCUAUUUAUGAUGAUACUCGCAAAACUUUCAGAAAGGAGCAUGGAACUGGCUUGUAUAUGAAAGAAGGUCAUGAACAGGAGUACCAGAGUGUCUUGGAAUGUUUGUCAAGGAAUGCUGGAAUCCCUCGCUGGAUAUUAACCACCACCCUGGUACUCUCCGUGCUUGUAUUGUUGUGGAUCUGUUGUGCAACUGCUGCCACAGCUGUGGAGCAGCACAUUCCAUCAGAGAAACUAAGCAUAUAUGGAGACAUGGAAUUUAUGAAUGAAUUGAAGCUAACUCCAUAUCCAGCAUCUUCGUUGAUUGUCAUCAAAUCCAAGGAUGAAAAGGACAUGGCAGGACCCAUACCUACUAAAGUGAACUUGGAUCACUCGACAAUUUAGACAAUGUGGAUGAAAUUUGGACUCUCCUUGUGUUCUGAAAUUUUAAAGUGGUAGUUUUUGCCAAAUGUCUAGUUGAGGUGAAAUUUCAAAAUUAAGAUAAAUAUUGUUUUUGUUACAUUCCUGGAUGCAAACAAUAAUUGGAACUUUAGGGUGACAUAGAUUUGAGCUGUUUUAUUAAAGGGGUCGAUUCUAAAUAGCUCUUAGUGUUGCACAACACACUUGUCUGCAUGUUUGAAAACUUGUAAGCAGCUGACCCUUUUGAUCGCACUGGUUGUUCCUUUGUACAGAUUAAAUGUCACUGCUUGUAACACUUCUUAUGAUGUUAUUUCUACAAUCUGGAUAUUUAACUCUAGUUUUAAUCAAUUUAUGUAUUGACAUCUUUUCCUUUUUCUGUACCUGCAUCAUGGAUAUCUUGCUCUUGGAUACAUGAAAAAGUUGCGUGCACACAUUAUGUAAAUAUUAAGCCACAAUAACCUCAGAACACAAUUUAUGUUUUUCCCAUUUCUCAGUAACUCAUUGAUAAUAAACCUUGUGGCUAUUUUACAACUCAGCUGUGUUUUCUUUUAGUGCACUUCCAUUGUUUUCUUAAAGUUAAACAUUUUUUUGCUUUGAUUUAUAAAAUCUUUAUAAUCAAACUCUAGUACUGUUUGUAGUUUUGAUCCAAAUGUAAUUUCCUCAUGGGGUUUGUGGACAACAUUUUUUUGUUCAAGGAAUUAUAAAAUAAACAUUGGUUUGAUCACCUCA